CGCCCAGGCUCCGAAGCAAUUAGAAGCUCCACGCCCCAGGGAUUGUGGCGUUGAGACACUUGCCUGUGACGGCACCAGUCGGGUCAGCCUCCCCUGUGGUCUGAAGCUGGGCCUGGACCGACAUGGAGCAGGAAGAUAGGUGGCAGGCGGCGCACCAGUCUCCCACGGAUAAUGAGACAUCAACAUCAAUGUUGCAUAUGUCGAUACCUUCUGGAAACAAUGGAGUUCAUCAGCCACUGGCCACUCAACACUUACCAAAUAUGUCCAGGUCUUAUAUGUUAUCCAGGCAGAACGAGGGUGAAGGGGAGUCGCGGAUCAUUAUGUCACUACCUGAACAUGGUGCCAUGUACUCCUCCCAGCUGACUCCUGCACCUUCUCAGAUGUAUUGUCCGCCACAGUCUAACCACCAGCCAGGGAGGGUGAUGGACACAGGAUCCCACAUGAUGUCCUUAGGGAGUCCAGGUACUCUGGGAGUGGCCAUAGCCUUCAGUGAGAAUAUGAUGCCUCAUAGUGGCCUGUCAGGCUCCACUUCCAGUGGAGUCCCAGUAAUGGCCCACAGCAGUGUGCCACCACUGUCAUAUUCUGUGCCCACGACAGUACCUGCUACCACAGGAAUAUUGUUGGUUCCAGGCAUGCCUCCUGCUGGGACCCAUGCCAUGCCGCCCCCUAUGGAUCAGAUGUUGCACUUAAACCACUGUAGCCUGGGGAUGCCCCCAGCUAGGCUCCCGUCAUUGCCCACUUUACAAUCCCAGGACUCACUCGUGACCCAGCCAAGUGGCCAGGGAGAACCUUUUGUACGUGAACAGUCUACACCUGUUCCACAAGGGACAGAGAACCCCAGUGUUCCAGGAAGGGCGCCCGGGAAGCCAUCUCCAGUUCCAAGGCCUUACCUCUGCUCGUACAGCAACUGUGGAAAAGCUUACACCAAGCGCUCUCACCUUGUGAGUCAUCAACGCAAACACACAGGUGAGAAGCCCUUCAUAUGUGAGUGGGAGGGCUGUACAUGGUCUUUCUUCCGCUCUGAUGAGCUUGGACGACAUAGACGGAUCCACACCAAAGAUCGACCACAUAAAUGCAAAGUGUGUGGCCGACAGUUCAUGAGAUCCGACCAUCUCAAGCAACACCAAAAAACUCAUCAGCGCAUGCCAGAACUCCCGAUGCCUCAGGCCAACAGUGGACAGACAUAUGGACAGACAGCUGGUCCUCUUCCUCCUGGUCAGGGGCUUUAGCUCCCUUUCCUGGAUUCUCUAACCCAAGACUCUGUUGCCCGAGACCAGGUCAUCUCUGGGGCAGGUGAAAAUUCAGCUGGAGACAGGAAGUGGUGGGGAAGCCCACAUGAAGCUCUUGACACCAUCGUGGAUUCUUCAAAAUCUGGUCCCUCACCUUCCAGGGAUUACUGGUUUCUGCCACUUAGCCAGAUGAGAAGAUGGAGCCAUAGAUUGGCCUUAAUUAGAAAGCUCUUCUAUCAAUCCCCAGCAGGAAACUCUCAUGCCUGUUCCAUGAAACCCAUGAUCUCUCCCUGGGUCUUCAUGUUUUCCAGGGCCAGACCAUGGGGAAGAUAUCUCAGUGCUAGAAGGUACUGGACACAUCAAUGCACUUCAUCAGACUCUCUGGCCUUCACCACCCAUACGCCUAGAGUUUCUCUUCCCAAGUCUUCGAUGGAAUGCCCCACUAUAGAACAUGACAUCUGGCAUUCCAUGGGGCCACCAAAACCAAGGAAACUAAUACUAAUGGGGGAAAGAAAUUUCAAUGAAGGGGGGAUAGGAGAGAGGCAGGCAGUGAUUUCCCUCUCCUCGUUCAUCCCGGUAGCACAGUGCGGGGAGACCUCCCAAGCAGCCUGCAGACACACCCUUCAAGGUUGGUCGUGAAGCAGUGCCCAUCAUGGAAAUGUGUUGCCUUGGGCCGCAUCACAUGCUUCCCUUGAUGUUAUCCCUCCUAUACCUUGGCUUUGAGUGUCCCUAAUAAAAGCAGUGUUUAGGCUGUUUAUGAGAUGGUUUAGGGACAAAUCCCACCGUAACUUCCUUAGCUGGCCCAGGGACCAGGUUGCAGAUUUUUAUUUAUGUAUUUUAAAAAGCAUAUUUAUUGUGUACACAUAUGUGGAGGUCAGGGACAACUUUUGGGAGUCAGUGAUCAUCUUCCAGCACGUGGGUCUCUGGGAUUGAACUCAGGUUGUUAGUCUUGGCAGCAAGUACCUUUCCCUCAUGAACCAUCUUGUUGGCAUUUGUUUUGCUGUUGAGAAAGGAUUUCACUGUGUAGCCCAGGCUGACUAGCACUAUCUUCAGGAGUUACAUAUGUGAGCACCCACCUGGCUUCAGGUUGCCUUCUCUACCCUGCCCUCUGGUUUUGAGGGACAAUAACUAUCCUGGUAACUCAUCCUGGCUGUCUAGAACUCCACUUGUGGAUUCAAUUGGCUAUUUUACUGAGCAUUAAGCUAAUAGAAACUAGCUUGGCCUUAAUUCAUGUAUUUUUGUGGGAGUCCAAUAAAGGUUUAUUAAAUUGAAAAAAGGGAAAGAUAGGCACUUGGCCAAGUCACCCAGUGGCAGAGCCAGAACCACAAAUAUCUGUAUGCCCCCAAAGCUGGUUUCUUCCCUAAGAGCUGGCACCUUUCAUAGGUGUUCUGUAGACCUAGGCCCAGUCCUGGACAGGUGACUCCAUCUUACAUUUAAGGGACCAUGUUGGGCCUACCUAGAUGCUCAGGAGUCAGCUCACAAGUCUCCACAAUACAGGACAUGGGGGGUGCAGGGACAGCCAAAGGACAUACCAGGAAGAACAGGCCUCUCGGUGUCUGAGCCAGACCUUAACCACCGAGGCUUAGCCAUGCAUCAUUCCUGGACAUGCACUUGGUUGAGCAUCCAUGGCACUGAGGAGUUACAGGCAAAGUCACCCUGACUGUUAAAAAGCUUGUGAGCAUGCUCAGUAAAGACAGGAGGUGCUCUGCAGACCCAGACUUAUCCUGGGCCUCUGGGAAAGCCCAGUAGCUAUGCCUGGCUCUGUUCUGCAUGGUCACUGACUGGGCCACUAAUCGCCAAAGCAGUAUGAGAACAAACAUUCUGUGUGGAUGUUAUUUUAAAAAUUAAGAGGGGCUCCACUGACUAGGUCCAGGCAACUGAGUUAGGGGUACCAUGUGAGUCUCUUGCUCCUGGGUAAGUGCCAGCCUCUUCUAUGGAGCAAGCCAUUUGGGGAACAAUGGGCCAGGACUGGUGGCUUUCCCAUCUUCCACACGUGGGAGACCAGAAGACCAGAUUGUUAGGAUGCAAGAUGAGAGCUCUCUCUCUGCUAAUGCUUGUCAAGGAUGAACCAGAGAGCCUGUGGCCAGCCUGUGGAUGUGAGAAGCCACUGUUAGAAGUGGUGUGUUAGCCUGGUGUGGUGGAAAACCGGGAAAGCCGGCACUCAGGAUUUCCUCUUUAUUGUGAUGUCUACCGUAUAUGAAAAUGUCUUAAAUUUUUUUUGCAUUUUGCCUUUAUGUGUACCAGAGUGUAUGAAUGGAGGUCAGAUGACAGCUUACAGUUUCACUCCUGUUAUGUAGGCCCCAGGGAUCAAAUUCAGGUCUUCAGGUUUGAUGGCAAGCAACUUUACUACCCACUGAAUCAUGUUGCAGGCCCAUAUAUGAAAAUUGUAUGAACAAGGUCUUAUGUGGCCAAGCUGGCUCUGAGCUCAGUAUGUCACCAGGGAUGACAUUUAAUUUAUUCUAUAUCCAAGGAUUACAGGUGUACACCAACUAACUACACAGGGAUGGUGCUGGGGAGAAACCAGGACUUCAGGAAUGCCAACUACUAGCACCAAGCUACACCCCAAGUGAAAGUUUAUCUAUGAUGCACUUUAAAGAACAUUUAUUUCCUUUUUAAGGUCACUUGAGUUAAUUCAUUUGUGUUUGAGUCUUUUUUUUCUUUUAAUCCUUCAUAGUUGUAACCACUCUUGGAUCUUGGUAAAGCUGCUGCUAUUGUCUUUAUUACAUAUGAAUCCAUCUCUAAGCAAUACAGUGGUUGGUUCUGUAUGAUUAUACUCUGUAUGAGGUUUAAUAAAUUUUAAUAUAAGA